AUGAAGGCAAAGCUGGGAGAAACUUCUGGGUCAAGACCUUUAGUCCCUCUGGCUGACUCCCCAAGUAAGUCUAUACCUCCUUCCCGCUCUGUAAAAAUUAAGCUUAUUGUUUCUUCUCUUCCCCAAACCACUCCCAUCUACACCUCAUCCGAAGCACCGCCCUCAACCACCAGAACCUCUAACCCACCAUCUCUCAAAUUUAACCUUGGAACCACUACAUUACCCAUUUCUGAAGCAGAAAUGCUGGAUGAAACUACCUCAUCAUCAUCAUCCUCACCUUCAUCCCCACCAUACUAUAUUCUCUCAUCUAACAACGAACCUUCUGACCCCCAAUCCCCCACUCUAGCUGAGGUUCAAGCUCGUGCUCUGGCCUUUCAACAACCAUCACAAACUAAACCUGAACCUGAAGUCACUUCCCCACCCCCUUGCUGA